GGAAUUGAGACGGGACCUUUCUAUCCGUGUAUUUGUUUUGAGGACACGAUUGAUGCGGCGGGUGGUAGCUCGCUAGUAGCAGCCUACACCAUCGUGGCGGAGAAACAAAAGCAGAGGUAUAGCUGCAGUGAGCCGCGACCCCCCAAGCCACACAAACAGACAGCAGACUUUUAAUAACGCUGCGAUCGAGAAAGGGACUCGUACAACGGCGAUGUUGCUGUUUUUCAUUUGAACAAACUCUCUCCAAUUAUCAGGCAUGUACAAAGGGGGAUUAUUACCAUAAAUAAAGCGUACCGCUUCAGCCUGCGUGAAUAGGCGAUUUGCUGCGAACGGAGCUCAUAAAUUGUUCCAUAAUUCUGACGGAUACAUUCCUCGCAAUUUGACAGCGGCUUCAGUUACCGAGAUCUCUCGGCUCGGCUGUCUUUGUAUACAAGGCAGAGUUGUCGCUUAUGACUCAUGUGAGUAGGAUGGUGAGUCCCAGAGCAGAAGAAAAGUUUGUUCGGUGAGGUGCGAGCGUCCAGUGUGACCACCCGACCUCACUGCCCAGUGUCCGGACUGAGACUGACAAAUCAGGAGAGGGCUGGCCCCCUGCCCCCUGUUACGUAACGCCAGAAGAAAGUGGCCCGGCUAUCUUCGUAACAAAGACACCCCUCUCCCCAUUGGAAGCGAUCUCGGCGUGAACGGAACACGUUUUGAUAUGGACCGAGCAGACAAUAUGUUUUUAUUUGCACGUGAAUACUUUAUCACGGGAGCAAACCCGUUCAAGUAUUACAUUUGCUUCGCCGCUGUCAAGUCGUGCUCAUGGCGGGCUAGUAAUUGAGACCAGGAUCAAAGCCAAUCAAAAGUCUUCUUACAAUUUGAUUAUGAUAAUUACAGCGGGCAUUAUUUGAUAGUUGAUAAUCAUAAUUCGAGCAUGCGCACCAAGGGUCCGACUAUAUAAACCGGAAUAUCACAACAGAGCAAGUUUUGUCAUCGAGUGGUCUGGUGGACACUGCCAACUAUGUCCCGUCGGAAACAGUCAAAUCCUCGCCACUUGGACUCGGAACUGGAGUUAGCCUCUCUCCUUGAAAAUGGUUCCACUCCUGGGGAUAUGCCAGCACCCAAUGCUAAAGACGCCCAUGUAUGUGGCGAAUGUAGGGCAGAAUUUCUCGAUCUUGAAGGUUUUAUUGCUCAUAAGCAGACGUGUACAAAAAAGAGAAUUGUAGUCAUGAUUGAUGCCGAAAACAGACCAGGCGAUAAUGAAAUUCGGCCUAAGUCCCCAUCAAUAGAAUAUGAUGAUGAUGAUGACAUAAGGUCACAACCAGAUGACCUUGAGGGUGGCUCUGAUGAAAAUGAUGUCAAUGACCUUGACUCUGUAGACAUGUCAGAAGAGGGCUAUGGUAUGGGUUUGGGUGUGAACGGGGAAAAGGACCUCGAUGAGAAUGACAAUUUUGAGGAGGAAGAGAAGAAGGACAGUAACAAUGACUCAGAGAUGAUUUCUCAAUCAAAAUAUGAGCUAAUGUCACAACUACCUCAUUUAUUUCCAUUCUUGCCCAAUACAAAUGUGACUCUUGAGCCAAUGUCCGAGACAAAAGCGGCUGUUGCCCAGUUCGCGGAGAACAAUUUGAUGCCACAAGAUUUGGCGAUGAUGAGUGCAACAUUAUAUAGUCUGCAACAGCAACAACUUGUGCAACUGCAGCUCAUACAACAGCUGCAGCAGCAGCUCAUUACUGGGCAACUUCAACAAAAUCAACAGGCUGUUCCAACAACAACCUCUGCUGAAACAACCUUGACCCCUUCUGAUCCUCCCAGUUCAGAGACCCAAGAGUCAUCUGCUCCUGAUUCGGAAGAUAAGAAAGAAGAGGAAUCGCCAUCACCAGAGGAACCGAAAAAGGCAGUUUCAUCAUCAUCGAGUAGUUCUACUUUUACGACUCCUGCUCUAUCUACCCCGCUCCCAUCUUCCGGGCUAUCCGCACUUUCCGGACUUUCCGGACUGUCUGGACUGUCUGGACUCUCUGCAUUUAGCCAGCUUCAGAAAGAGGCUGUUUCCACGUCGCCAAUGAUGCCGCCAAUGCCCAACAUGAACAUAUCAACACCUGAAGUUCGACACAGAGGGACGAUGCUUGAACGAUCCCAGUAUGCAAGCGACGACCCUUUCUUUAAGCACAAAUGCCGCUUCUGUCACAAAGUGUUUGGCAGCGACAGCGCUCUGCAGAUACACGUUCGGUCUCACACGGGUGAAAGACCUUUCAAAUGCAACAUCUGUGGAAACAGAUUCUCCACCCGAGGCAACUUGAAAGUGCACUUUGAACGUCAUAAGGCCAAGUACCCACAUGCCAAGAUGAAUCCUCAUCCUCAGCCAGAGCAUCUUGAGCGCCCAAUGCCAAUGCUUACUCCCUUUGGAGUACCCCAGAUGCCGACAGUCCCCACCUCCAUGCCGCUGCCUCCAGGUUUGAUGUCGCCGCCAGUCACAGCCUCACUCCCCAUGAGUUCUUUGGGAAUGUUCAUGCCAUCGCCACCAAUCCCAGUUGCCCCACGGCCUCCACCACCAAAAUCAUCCGAUCCCGAAUCUAAGCCGAAGGACAAACCUCACUCUAGUCCUCCUCCUGCUAGUGAGGCCUCCUCUCAGAAAAGCCCACCUGAAGAUAGUUCACGCAAUUUCAAGUCUUCCGCGGCUCCUCCUCUGCCAUCUUUAACCUCUGCGAACAGUACGCCAAGCACGCCAAGCACGCCAAGCACUCCCAUUAUCUCAAGCACUCACUUGAUGCCAAGUCUGAAGCUGCCUAGUCCUUCAAUGUCAACUCACAGUGCAACUCACAGUGCAACUCACAGUGCAACUCACAGUGCCAUGCCCAGCUACAGCUUGCCAGCCACCCCGACCAGUUUUCCUUUGCCAUCCCCAUUGGCAUCCAACAUGCCAUUAGGAGUAAUGGGAUCUCCUUUUGGACCACUGCCACCACCACCACCACCUCCUCCUCCUCCACCGACUACCCAAGGAGACAUGUUCAGAAACUCUAUUCUGCCAACUAAGACUAUAGAACCUACUGAAGAUCUGGAGAGAUAUAUGGAGUGCACCAAAUCUGAGACCUCAAAACUAGAACAGCUUGUGAAGAACAUUGAACAGAAGAUCACUGACCCAAACCAAUGUGUUAUAUGUCACAGAGUCCUUAGCUGUAAGUCUGCCCUUCAGAUGCAUUAUCGUAUUCACACUGGAGAAAGGCCAUUCAGAUGCAAGAUCUGCAGCAGAUCCUUCACUACCAAGGGUAAUCUGAAGACGCACAUGGGUGUACACAGAUCCAAGCCCCCACUUCGGAUGAUGCACCAAUGCCCAGUCUGCCAUAAACAAUUCACCAACUUGCUUGUUCUCCAACAGCACAUUAGAAUGCACACUGGUGAACCAGUGCAUGAUCUGAACCAUGCGGCCUUGUACAGGCACCCUGACUGGGCACCAAAACCUCCAGAAUUUGGGAAGAUGUUUGACCACAAACCGUUUGACUUGUCCCAACACCAUGGAGAAGGAAAAGAACUGGACCUCAGCAGGAGUGGCUCCUACUGUGGCAGUGAAAUGAUGGAUUCAUAUGGCCCUAACUCUCAGGAAGAUGAUGACUUUCGCUCUGAAAAUGACAUGAAUGAUGAAGAAUUAGACAUGGAGGAAGGUAUGGAUGAUCCCAGAAAUGAGAUGGUGGACGAUGCUGAGAUGAUGGAUGAGAAAGAUGACUAUGAUGAACCAUCAGAUGAAAACAUACUAUCUGAACAGCCUCAAGAGGGAGAAAGACCCAACUCUGCUGCAUCCAGAACAUCCCCUCCAAGGGAAACAUCUAGUCCAAACCCAAGCUUGCAUCCUUCUUCAUCAAGACCUGAAAGCAGAGGUACUCCUGUUAUCACAAGCUCCUUUUCUAGUCCAUACUACAACACUUCUCUGGCCGCCCUUGAAGAGAGAGUGAAAGCUAUUGAUAGUCAAAUGGCUCAGGCUUCCUUUGAACGAUUCCGCAAUAGUAUGGGACUUGGUCACAGCCCUGGACUGAUGACCAAACUGCCAUCCAGCUACCCUUACCAGAAUGGUGAUAGGUCUCCAGUUACAUCUCCAAGAAGUCCCUCUAUAUCUGAGGCUGGGUCAGAAGGAAGCAACAUGAGAGAUGACCAGCCACAUGGCUAUAAUCCUGAUGCUCCUCUGCCCUUUGGAUUUCCCAUGAUGGGCUACGGUGAUCUCAGAUCUGGCGCAGAGAAACGAAACACCACAUGCAACAUUUGCUUCAAGACAUUUGCCUGUCGGAGUGCACUUGACAUUCAUUAUAGAAGUCACACUAAAGAACGCCCCUUCAAGUGUGAUGUCUGUGACAGAAGUUUCUCCACCAGAGGAAACAUGAGGCAGCACAUGCUUACACACAAGAUUCGGGAUCUGCCAUCUCAAUCCUUCACGGGUAACAGUGACGACAGCCAGAGCGGCUUCACAAGAAGUGAGCCAUCAUCGCCCAGGGGCCCUAGUCCUGAUGAAUCCCCUCCAGUAGCCAAGGCUGAAUCCCACCCCAAAUCUGAAACCCCACCACCAACUUCAGCACCCACCUUAAGCAAUAACAAUGAUGAAAGUCACAAUAAUAACAACAACAACAAUAACAACAAGAGUCCUCAGCACUCCACCACUCCAGUGACCUCUCAAUCAUCGAUGAACCACAACAGUAACAGCUCAGACAGCUCUCAAUUCUCACGCAGAACAGGCCCCAAACAUCAAUGUAUGACCUGCAUGAAAACAUUUUCAAGCGCCAGUGCACUUCAGAUCCAUACCAGAACACACACUGGAGACAAACCCUUCAAGUGUACAGUCUGUGGGAAGGCCUUCACCACCAAGGGCAAUCUGAAGGUCCACAUGGGAACACACAUGUGGAGCAACAGUCCCUCAAGAAGAGGCAGGAGGAUGUCCAUCGAGCCACCCUUCAUGCUGUCUCAUGUCAAGGACAAUCCAUUCCUUGCUGGCUUUCACCGCCCCCCAGAGUUCUACUUCCAGUACCCUCCUUUCAUGAAUGGCUUGCCACCUCAGAAAAUGAAUGAGAUUUCUGUUAUACAGAGUGUGAAUGGAGGCAUGAAUCAUCAGUACCCACCGAUGCAUCAACCUGGCAUGGGCUUCAGUGUCAAGGCAGAACAAAAGGAAUCGGAACGUGAACAUGAACGUGAACGUGAACGAGAAAGAGAGCGGCAUCUUAGUGAUGGCCGGGGAAGUGAGAAAGAUGUGGAUGUAAGCAGGGAAACCAGAGACAAUGUAUCAAAUGGUGGCAGUAGCCCUAGUGAAUCAAAACACAUCUUAUCUUCAGGAGAACUAGAUUUGAGCAUGAGAUCCUCCUCUUCGGCCUCGGCCAACUCAAGCUCACUCUCUUCUCCUCACAGUAAGGAGUCGCCCAAUGACUCAAGCCCAUACUCCUCUCAGGCCUGGCUAUGGAAAGCUGGCAGCUGCCACUUCUGUAAUCAGACCUUCCAAUCUCAGGCUGCUCUAGAACAACAUAUACAAACUCAGCACGUUCCAACAUCCCAUGUGACCGGAACAGACUCUCAUAAAGCGCUUGUGGCAUAGGCCGUGAUAUAACAUACUAGCUUCAGUGUGACAUGAAUAUUGUGCUUAGCUAGAAACAUUCCAGUGUCAGUGACUGUGUUGUGGUGUAUGGUUGAGCAGCUGUAGAUCAUUGCAGAUCUCUCAUUGUGACAAACUGUGUGCUGCAGUAGACUGAAUGGCUGCUGCUUCUAUUGAAGCAGGUCCUGCAGGAUGUCCUCAGUGCUGCUGGGUCUUCUAGUCCUGUGGUCCUCAGUGCUGACCUGUGAGCAGGAUUUGUAGGAGGACCUGGAUGGAGGUCCACGGUUGCAGUGCUGAGUCUUUGUUUAUCAUCCUACUCCAUCAUUGUCAUCAUCACGUAACAAGGUUGUGACAUCAACUUGUGACAUUAUGUUGUUGACUUAGUGAUCAUCUUGUUUUUACUCAAAUGAGAAAAUCCUACAAACAGUGAUGUUUUUUAACUUUGAACAGUGAACAUGUGGAUUUAGUGGUCAGUGAACUGAUAUCAGAUGCCAUAGUAAAUCAUUGAUCCCUCAUUGCUACUUAAAGACAUUGAAGCCAGUUCAUUGCCGAUCGCAUUUCUGCUCUGUUUACAGGGCCUCAUGUGUGCUUAAUAUUUCUUCUUGUUAUCUACUGUUCUGCAGCAUUAAUCUAUCAGUUAGGAUUAAGUGGUAGUGUAGACUCAUGUACUUACAAUCUUGUUAUGUUUAUGUCUUGAAUUGACAUGAAUGAAUGUAAUUAUUAUUUGUACAUAAUUUAUACAUGUUCUAGUCGGAUCGAAACAUCUAAUCAAUAUGGAAUCAAAACCAUUUUUGGUUGUAACUGUUUUUGCCAAUAGGGAUCACAUCUCUACCUCCCCUUUUGACACUCUUCAAUGUUUGGAGUUAAAUAUUUUUGUGUUCAUAUGCGGCAAACCAACUUAAGUCAGUUUUUUCACAAAAAUACGUACAGUGCAUUAUUUUUAUAACCCUGAACACGUUCUACUUAUUUGAUUUGUUUGGUUUGUGAAUCUUACUUACAAUUUUGUUUUUAAUACCACAACCAAAUGGUUUAAUGGUCCUCUUCUACUUACAGAUUUUGCAAUUUUUAUGAUGCACAGUUUAUUUUGGAUUCUCAGUCAAUGUGAUAUGUAAACUGCAUCCAUGGAGCUAGACUUUGAGAUGAGGUAAUUUUUACCAGUGUGUUGCUAGGCUAUCUCAGCCACCGUGAUGCAAUCGGAAUCCUUUUGACAUAUUUGUUGACUGAAUAUCCAUGUUUCAGAAUUCUUGUUAUAAUCUAUAAUCCGUUCAAAUAUUAUUAAUCACCAAAGAUUUUGUUGAUUUUAUUUCAUUGUCAGAAUAUAUCAAUCAUUUUUGAGUAUUUUUAGUAUUACCAUGGCUACAGCAUUUUGUAUGCCAUGCCUAUGCAAAAAACCAAAGACGUAAGUCAGUCUACAUUGCUUUUUGUCAGCUUUUGUUAUUUUGAUAUGACACUGUUCUCUUUGUGUUUCGUCCAGUCAGCUGGCUGAAAAAUAAAUGUUGUGUUACAAAUAGCAUGGACAUGUUCAGUGUGUAAAAUGCUGAAAGCAGUUCGGUGCUAUGUGGCCAUUGCUUGGGGAAAACUUACAACUACUUAUAUGUUAUUUGGCGAUGUACUAUUUUUCAUUCUUGUUACCCUUGUUAAAUGUUUGUAGAAUAGUCUUCCAUUAAAAGACAGUGUCUAAAUGUAUAUUGAAAAAAGUCUAUAGCACCUUUCUGUUACUUGUUAAUCAAAAUCUUCUACGAAACAUCCAGGGUUAAGGUGCCAUAACACAUUUCUUGGUAGAAGUAGAUUUUGUCGCUUCUUGUACUUUUUGUAGCACUUGUUUGUUUAUUUUGCUUUUUGCCUUGAUGAUCUGUGAUAGUCGCUAAGAAAUCCGUACUUACGUUUUCCACCAUUGCAUAUGUUGAAGUCAAGUUUUGGAGUGGUUCCCAUUCAUUCUUCUUGAGAUCUGGAAGGAAAUCUGGCAGCUUUUUGGUACUUUAACCUUCCCCUACCUUGUAACAGAAAAUCUUCUUGUCGUACUGACAAACGGAUAGUAUUGGCUGUACUCGUCAUGAAAUCACAGUUUCUUAGUCCGAACUACGAACCCACUGAACUCCUUCCCUAUCCAUUAGUUAAGCUAGAGCUGAUCUUGUUGUGGAAGAGGCAUAUCAAUUUUCUUUUCUCCAACGCCUGGCUGCCCGUCCAUGGUUCCGAAAUCCAUAAAACUAGGACGUUCUUUUGUGUUCUGAUUUGAGAAACAUAUCACCAGUAUCGAAUUUUGAUCGUGGAAUCCAAACGGCAGAAGACAACGAAAGAGAACACAACUUGAAAUGGCUGCGAGCCUUUUGAACUACGCAAAACAAAUAAUACCUCUUUACCCCGAAGACUAUACACAGACUUGUUAUUGUGUUUGGCCUCGUAUAUUUUAACCAUUUUAAUUUUUCCAAUAUGAUAUUUUUUGCUUCGAAGGCAUUUUGUUCGGCAAAGGCAAUUUAAGAUGCCCACAAAUUGUAUAUAGUUUGUAGAUAUGGUCUGUUGAGAUAUUUCGGCUCUAUUGCACGGUAUGGUUUACCAGUGAAAAUUUUUAUGUUUGGUAAAUUCUUCUUCAGUUUGCGUUCCUUCAUUCUUUGACCUUUCGUUUAUCUUCUCUUGAGUUAGAACGUUAACUUUGUCUCUUAAAGAGGGAGGCAGUAGGAUAUAGCUUUAUAUUUUGUCAUAUGAAAAAUAAACCAUUGUUCACUAUUCAAA